AUGUUAAUAAAUUUCUUUUUAAAACGAACUUAUCGUAUAAAUGUGAAUACAAUUCAAUGGAAUAAAACUAUACGAAAUCAUCAAUUAAAUGGAAAUUAUCAACAAGCUUUAAAAUUAUUUCAAAUAGGUAUUGAAAAAAAAACUUUUCAACCAAAUUCUGUUACUUAUUUAACAAUGCUUGAUAUAUGUAAAGAAUUAAAAUCUUUAUCAACUAUACGUACAAUUCAUCAUUUAAUUGAUUCAUCAAAAAAUCUUAAUAAUAAUGAUGAUGAUAUUUAUAAUAAUCCACGUAUACGAUCAUUAUUAAUGGAUGUUUAUAUUAAAUGUCAAGAUCUUGAUAGUGCUUAUCGUGUAUUUCAAUCUAUGAACGAACGUAAUAUAAUUGAUUAUUGUGGUUUAAUGACUGGUUUUAAUAAUCAAGGACAAUAUGAAAAAACAUAUGAACUUUCAAAAAAAAUUCCAUCAUCAAUGAAAUAUUCAUCACCACUUCUUUGUACACUUAUAUUACAAGCAUGUACUGAAUUAAAACAAUAUGAUGAUGGUUAUAAAAUUCAUGAAAAUGGAAAACAUUUUCUUUCAAAUAAUAAAAUGUUUAUGAAUGAAUUACUUAAUUUUUAUUUAAAAUUUAAUCAAGAAAAACAAGCAUUAGAUAUAUUUGAAAAAAAUUCAAAUCAAUUAACAAUUAUUGAUUAUAGUUUAUUAAUGAAAUAUUAUAAUCAUCAAUAUCAACCACAAAAAACAAUUGAUUUAUAUUAUCGUUUGAAAAAAAAUUCACAUAUUCAAAUAGAUCAUAUUAUUUAUGUACUUGUUUUACAAGCUAUAGCUAAUGGAUGUUGUUUACAUACAAGUGAACAAAUUCAUGAUCAUAUUAAAAAAUUUGGUACAAAUAUUGAUAUUGAUAAUGCACUUAUCAACAUGUACGGUAAAUUAGGUAAUCUCGAUCAAGCUGAAAAAAUUUUUCAUUCAAUGUCUAAACAUAAUAUUAUUUCGUACAAUAUAUUACUUAAUCUAUAUGGUCUUUAUCGUCAAUCUGAUAGAGCUUUAAAUUGUUACAAUCAAAUGUAUCAACAAGGUCAUCGACCAGAUGAUAAAACCUAUGUUAUACUUCUUCAUACACUAAGUCAAACACCAAAUAAAAUCAAUGAUGUUAAACGAAUAUUUUUCAAUAUUGAAGAAAAUAAACGUGGACCUAUAUUAACAUCAGCAAUGAUUGCUGCAUUAAUUCGAGCACAAUUAUUUGAUGAAGUAAAUGAAUUAUUAAAAAAAUUACCUAAAGAAAAUAUUUUAUUCUAUGCAAUAAAAGCAAAUAUAAAUGGAACCAUAGAUAAAUUUAAUUAUCCAAUAGUAAUAACAAAUGAACAAUUAGCAUUAUAUGAUUUAUUAAUGAAUAAUAUGUAUACAUAUGGCGGUUUAAAUGAUCGAUUAACAACAAUCGAUGAAAUAUUAUAUGAAAAUGAUAAAUUAAAAAAUAUGUUAUCAUAUUCUUGGUUUGAAAAAUCGAAUGGAAAAAUUGAAUAUUUCAAAAGUAAUAAUUUACAAUUAGAAAAUUGUGAACAUACAGAAAAAUUAGCACUUGAAAAUGCAUUAGAAGAACAAAAAAAUUCAUCAUUACCAAUCCUGAUUGCAAAGAAUCAUCGUAUAUGUAAUGAAUGUCAUGAAUAUUUUAAAAAAAUUUCCCUUUCUUUCGUUUCUAAAAAAAAUAUUUACUUACGUGAUUCAACUCGUUUUCAUUUAUUUUCAAGUGGCAUAUGCUGUUGUGAACUAGCUUGA